AUGGCGACUACCAACCUUAUCGCAGAGGCUCACGAUGGCCAAGCACAGCAGCGGCGAAGACCAUUCUCAACAUGGGUCAAGAAGCUCACCAACUUCAAGUCGUCAUCGGACGGCGAACGGCAGAAACGACACAUAAGGAUACGGCGUGGCCCCAAGCUCAACAAUCCAUAUCCCCAGUCCGGGCACGUCAAUCAACCAACUCGCUUUUCAGCGGAUGGAUAUGCACCACCGACUGUGGGCAGGAGGAGUUUAACUACGACCAUAUCCACCGAAACCGAGCCCGAUCGCCCUCGAUCCGUCAUCGCGCCGAGUCGCGCACUGAGUCGCGCGCCGAGCUCUGUGACGGGAACAAGCAGGACUGUUGGAGGAGGACAAGAAUCCAGAAGAGGUGGCGAUAGCACGUUUUCAAGCCCGUCUCCAUCAGUCAGGUCCCUCGCUACAACAUUGACCACUAUUCAAUCCUUUGCCCCCCAUGGACAGGCCCCGGUGGCUCCCACUCACAGCAUCACUCAGUCAAUCCAGUUCAGCCAGCCAUUCCCUACGGCUUCCCCGGCAUCGGCCAUUCCAGCGCAUCUUAUCCCGGCGAACCACCUGACGACAUACACCACGGCCACGGCCAACAACCUUCUCACAGACAAUGCAUCCAUUCUGACUUUGGCUUCAUCGAGCAAACGAGGUCGUCGACGAUCGAUGGAUACUGAUGCGUCCGUUCGUGCUCUUGCUCCAUCGUCUCUCUGGGGCGGCAGCCGCGAAAGUCUGCCUCUCAGCGUCCUCAGCGCCAACAUCGACCCUACGUCCAGCCUUCACAACGCCUCUAGGCUCGGCGCAGAACGCAACAGCAUCUACUCUGCAACCGGAGUGGCCCCAGCGAUCCCGAGCGAGCGCAACAGUCUCUAUGCUAAGCAGGGCGACGGUGCAAGCGUCAGGAGCGGCCGCUUAGGACACGGCCGACCCGAUAGUAUAAGCGGCAGCGUUGCACUCGCCAGCCCCCGAGAGGUACUUGAUAAGAGGAGCCUUGCCGAAAACCGAGAGGACAGCCAGCUAACAUCGACUUCCAAGGAGGAUUAA